CUUGGUUCAGCAAACCCUCAGUCUGUAGAGGAACUUGUUUGCUGUUGUAGCCAUGCCUUCCGUUGCGUUGAAGUCUCCGCGCCUGCGCCGGGUGUUCGUGGUCGGCGUUGGUAUGACCAAGUUCAUGAAGCCUGGAGGUGAGAAUUCAAGAGAUUAUCCUGAUCUGGCAAGGGAAGCAGGCCAGAAGGCAUUGGCAGACGCACAGAUCCCUUACUCCGCAGUGGAGCAAGCAUGUGUUGGCUAUGUGUACGGUGACUCCACUUGUGGGCAGAGGGCUAUCUAUCACAGUUUGGGACUGACUGGCAUUCCUGUUAUUAAUGUCAACAAUAACUGUUCUACUGGUUCGACUGCUUUGUUUAUGGCCCAGCAACUGAUUCAAGGAGGAACAAAAGUUGAACACUUUGCAAAAAUUGGAUGGAAAAAUCAUAAACACUCAGUUAAUAACCCGUAUUCCCAGUUCCAAGAUGAAUACAGCUUAGAUGAAAUAAUGAAAUCAAAACCAGUUUUCGAUUUUCUGACUGUCUUACAGUGCUGUCCCACCUCAGAUGGCGCUGCAGCAGCAGUUCUGUCUAGUGAGGAGUUUGUGCAGAAGUAUGGCCUGCAGUCCAAAGCUGUGGAAAUUGUGGCACAGGAGAUGAUGACCGACCUGCCCAGUACAUUUGAAGAAAACAGUAUUAUUAAACUGGUCGGCUAUGAUAUGAGUAAGGAAGCUGCCAGGAAGUGCUAUGAGAAGUCCGGUCUGAGGCCCAGCGAUGUCGACGUGAUAGAGCUUCACGAUUGCUUCUCUGCCAACGAACUCCUGACUUACGAAGCCCUGGGGCUCUGUCCAGAAGGACAAGGUGGAGCCCUGGUGGACAGAGGGGACAACACUUAUGGAGGAAAGUGGGUCAUAAACCCUAGUGGAGGCCUUAUCUCAAAGGGACACCCACUGGGCGCCACAGGUCUGGCUCAGUGCGCGGAGCUCUGCUGGCAUCUGAGAGGCGAAGCCGGAAAGAGGCAGGUUCCCGGGGCAAAGGUGGCUCUGCAGCACAAUUUAGGCCUCGGUGGCGCUGUGGUUGUCACCCUCUACAGGAUGGGUUUUCCCGAAGCUACCAGCUCCUUCAGAACGCACCAGGUUUCCGCUGCUCCCACCAGCUCUGCAGGGGAUGGAUUCAAGGCAGAUCUCGUCUUUAAGGAGAUUGAGAAGAAGCUGGAAGAGGAAGGGGAACAGUUCGUGAAGAAAAUCGGUGGCAUUUUUGCCUUCAAAGUGAAAGAUGGCCCUGGGGGCAAAGAAGCUACCUGGGUUGUGGAUGUGAAGAACGGCAAAGGAUCGGUGCUUCCCAAUUCAGAUAAGAAGGCUGACUGCACGAUCACCAUGGCUGACUCAGACCUGCUGGCUUUGAUGACUGGUAAAAUGAACCCUCAGUCGGCCUUCUUUCAAGGUAAACUGAAAAUUGCUGGUAACAUGGGCCUGGCCAUGAAGCUGCAGAGCCUUCAGCUUCAGCCGGGCAAAGCUAAGCUGUGAGGAGUCCCUUUGGCAACCUCAGGACAUCAAGAUGAGAUGUGUAGAUCUGUAGAAAUCCACGUCUCGUUGUCAGGACUUACACUGACACUUCCCGAAUAGCAUGAGAUAGAUUUGUUGCUGAGUGGGUGUGGCCAAUUGUAUUUCCCCCAAGCUGGGGGUACAAAGGGCCUCCCAGCCUGCGCUGCUGCUUUGAGGACUUGCAUACUACUGUGCUUGAUGAAGCUACUAUGUCAAUGAUGGUUUGGGGUAAACUUGAGUUUCAGAAUAAAAUUCAGAAUAGUAAAAUCUAAAGACUGUGUAAACAAAGCCCUUGUUUUGCUUAGAAGUAUAUUUAAGGAUCAUUGUGUUGGACACUCAGUGCAACAUUUCCCCUUAGGGGGACUGGAGAAGAAACCGAUUUCCAUAGUUGACCAGAAAUUAGUGUCUCACACUUAAUUACCUGUAUCAGUUUCUCACUAAUAGUUCUUAAAAUACAAUUCUGUACUAAGAGUUUAAAAAAAAAACUUUAAAAAUGUUCAUUUCAUGCCAUCAGAAACAGUUCUUUUCUUCCCAAAUAAAAUACAAGAAUUAUGGUCAGAGCUUAAGAGAGAAUUUACAGCUGAAUAGAGCUGGUUUUAAAAUAUUUUUUAAAUGGACAUCUUUUUUAAAAUCAGAGCAUUGGAGCCAUUGGAUGCCAUUACUAAAAAUAAUUGAAUAAAGUUUCUUCUAGAGAUACAGGCUUCAAAUUAUAGUUUCAUAUUAAUAAAUUUAUAAACUGAGUCUCACAAAUUUCCUUUUUCAUACAGUUGGUUGUCUGCAUUUAUCUUUCUCCCUAGUUUUUCUAAUUCUAAUGCUGUUUGUUUUCAUUUAGGUUUGGGAUAAAAAUAUGCUUUUGAAAGAUUUAAAAAGAAAAUUAAAACAGCUCUUCCUGA